AUGGACUACCAUCACCAAACUUCCCUAGUCCCAUGUGGACAAGAUAAAUACAUUUCCAAGAAUGAACUUCUCCUGCAUUUGAAGACCUACAACUUGUACUAUGAAGGCCAAAAUUUGCAGCUCCGUCAUCGUGAGGAGGAAGAUGAGUUUAUUGUGGAGGGGCUGCUGAACAUCUCCUGGGGACUGCGCCGGCCCAUUCGUCUACAGAUGCAGGAUGACAAUGAACGCAUUCGCCCCCCUCCAUCCUCUUCCUCUUGGCACUCUGGCUGUAACUUGGGGGCUCAAGGUACCAUCCUGAAGCCCCUCACCAUGCCCAACAUUCCAAUUUCAGAGGUGGAUGCCCUGCCUGAGAGUGAUCAGACAUUGAGCUCCACAGACUCCAGGGGCCUGAAGUCCCUACAGGAAGACACCCCACAGUUGAUGCGCACACGCAGUGAUGUUGGGGUACGUCGUCGUGGCAAUGUGAGGACACCCAGCGACCAGCGGCGAAUCAGACGCCACCGCUUCUCUAUCAACGGCCAUUUCUACAACCACAAGACAUCAGUGUUCACGCCAGCUUAUGGCUCCAUCACCAAUGUCCGCAUCAACAGCACCAUGACGACUCCACAGGUCCUGAAGUUGCUGCUCAACAAAUUUAAGAUUGAGAACUCGGCAGAGGAGUUUGCAUUGUAUGUGGUCCAUACCAGCGGUGAGAAACAGAAGCUGAAGAACACGGAUUAUCCUCUGAUUGCCCGGAUCCUCCAGGGCCCAUGUGAGCAGGUCUCCAAAGUGUUCCUUAUGGAAAAAGACCAGGUGGAGGAAGUUACCUAUGAUGUGGCUCAGUAUAUAAAGUUCGAGAUGCCUGUCCUUAAAAGCUUCAUUCAGAAGCUCCAAGAGGAAGAAGAUAGGGAAGUCAAGAAGCUGAUGCGCAAGUACACUGUGCUCCGCCUAAUGAUUCGGCAGAGGCUGGAGGAGAUAGCUGAGACCCCAGCAACAAUCUGA